AUGGAGGGAGAAUCAACCCUUUUGACCAUGGAAAGUGACGUGCCAAGUUCUUCUCACCAGGUCAAGUCAUCGAGACCCGCUGUGCGAUGUUUAACUUGUCGAUUAAAACAUGUGCGCUGUGAUGGGGCCCAACCAGUUUGCAGCACAUGUUUGCGAAAAAAUCAAACAUGCGAAUACCCAACUUUCGCUUUUCAUCCGGCUGCAAAACCCAGUAGCGCUAAAACAAAUUUGACAGGUCGUCAGCUGGCCAGUAAAACACGGACUGUAAGGGCGUGUCUCGUGUGUAGGGGUGCAAAGAGGAAAUGUGAUGGGGAGAUGCCAGAGAGACUGAAAUUGCUACCUUUAAUAUGCACCCAUUUUCUUCGUGGGGGAAACAUGGUCCGUACGGUUACUGAUCUUGACAGCAUAUACUUAAGGAUUAAGAGACGGAAUAGGAAGCGUGCAGAAUCGCCUUCAGACGAACGUCCACAUAAACAGACCCGGAUAUCUCAUCCUAGAUCAGGCGGAAAUCAAAAUAUUUCCCUUCCCAGCUUACGCAAGGAGCGAGUGCGUUCUCCCAGAGAGAGUCCUAGUCUACAGCUUGUUGGGGCAAUUUCCAAGACAUCAUCUGAAGGAGAUGAGUCUCAAGAAAGUGACGAAGAGGAAUCGUCCAGCCAAGAUGACGAAAAGGAGCCGAACGCCGGAAGCGCCAGGCGAUCUAUUCCUUCGGUUCAAGGUCUCCCCGUUAAAACUCAAGGUUCUAGCGACCAUGGAAGUCCAGAGGCAUCUGAAUAUGUUGGACCGUUCACUCCACAGGCUCAUCCAACAACAGCCGAAAAAGCUCAAGAAUCUCGGGAAUCAAGUGAUUCUGAUGUAUCUGUGGAAAUGGCUGACGGAGCGGAAUCCCCAAACUCUGCUGAAAGCGAACAAGAGAGAGGUGAUCUCAGUCUCUUUCUUCCAGGACUCAGACAGGCUGUCUUUCAGAGAACCGGCGUUUCGAGACCAGGAAGCACGCUUGAGUCCGAUCGAGAACUCAAGAGAUUGAGCAAAGUCGCAAAUCAGAAGGCGGAAAAAAUGUUAUCUCCAGAUCCAGUUAAUCUCAUCCUUCCUCAGCGCAAUGUUGCUAAUGAGCUAGUCUCCCUUUACCUUACGCGGGAGUAUGUCAAUAUGCCAAUAUUUCAUCGGGAAGAUUUCACAGACCGAUACAAGUCGCUGUGGAAUGAAACAGAACAGCGAUGCAGUAGGACCUCGGUUUCGGGUGACUCUUGCAUAUUCUAUGGCAUCCUCAAUGGCAUAUUUGCCAUAGGAACUCUAUUACGUGACCCAAACGACUUGAACGAUUCCGAGCAGUACUUUCAGCGCUGCCAAAAUCUGAUUUUCAUGAACGGAAUAGAAGAAGGGGGAAUCAUACAUGUACAGGCGUAUCUCAUCAUGGCUCAAUAUUUUCUUGCAGCAAAUAACCUACACGAUGCAUGGAAGUCCAUAGGGCUUGCCAUACGUGCUGCCCAGUCCCUUCAUCUCCACCUUGUAUCUGGAAGCCAUCACUUAACUCCCAGGGAAGACCAAGAGUUACCAAGACGAGUAUGGCAUUGCUCGCUGACACUUGAAUGCAUCAUCGCCAUGAACAUGGGGAUCACAACCUUAACCAAACACACCUCUGAAAUUCCACUUCCUUUCCCUGCCAACAGGGACUACAUCGACCGCCUCGCCUCAGAGGGCCAGGGUGACCCAGACCCCGGAAUUGACCGACCCUCAAUCAUAGAAUUCUUCAAUAGUUCUGCUCGUCUCUACCAUCGAUACAACGCCCUCGUUCCUAUUAUGCAGGAACUCCAGUUGACCGACUCCGGCAGUGCUCGUAAGAAGCUUGAGGCCUUUGAUCCUCAACCGCUCAUUGAUGCCGACCGCUCCCUCUCUAGCUGGCAAGCAGGUUUACCAACUUUCUUGCGUCCGGAUGCGGACAGCAAGUCCCUAAAGUAUCCCAUCGCCCGUCGCCAACACAACACUUUGCGCAUCCGCUAUCUGCACAUGCGUCUUCUGCUCUGGCAGCCACUACUGGCCAUAGUUGCAGCGGCCUCUCCUGACAUUGAUGCCCGCGCAGGAGCACGAAGAAUCACCUCACCGCAAACAAGGCGAGAAAUAGCCAUCGGAAAAAUUGAGAGGCCCAUGACACACAUUAUCGCUCAUGAGGGCGCGGUUAAAUGCAUCCUUCUGGCGACAGAGAUCAUCAAUAUUUUCAACGAAAUCGAGAAUGGCGGUGCAGAUUGCAGAAAAGGAGACCACAACCUCGCCAUACCAUCGUUGUGGGAGAGUAUUGGAUAUGUGUUUGCUUGUGCUAAAGUCUUUAUUGCAGCGCGCAAAUGUUCCAGAGGCGUCAUUGAAGACAUUGGCGGCAUGGAGGUAAUCCGGGAAGGAUGGUGGGUUAGUAUUGAGUUGAUGAGGAAGUAUCGUCAGUUUUCGCAGGCGGCGAGCGUAUGUGUGAAGGCGCUUGAAAAGCUAGAUGUGUUUUCCUCUGUUGAAAGAAAUGGUUUUGCUGGAGAUGGUGUGAGUGUGACAAAGGAUAUAUCAUGGUUGGAGUGCUUGCCGAUUGAUCUGAACUCCUGA